CUCCCCUCGUUCUCCUCAUUCUCGCGUAGCUGGAGUGACCGUGUCAUGCCUUUUGUCGAGUUCAUCGCAGGAUGGAUUUCAGGAGCCGUGGGUCUGGUCGUGGGACACCCUAUGGACACAGUGAAGGUACGUCUUCAGAGCCAGUCCAAGUACAAAGGGAUUUUUGACUGCGUGGCAAGAACCUACACACACGAGGGGCUCCAUGGCUUCUUCAAGGGCAUGGCAUUUCCUGUCCUCACCGUUGCCAUUAGCAAUGCCGUGGUUUUUGGCUCCUAUAGCAACGCUUUGGAUUACCUUACACAGUCACGAAGCAGGGAGCGUAACCAAGACAAGCAAGCGUCCCUAACAGCUGUGUUCACAGCUGGGUGUUUCUCUGGGUUUACACAGGUGUUUGUGACCGCCCCCAUUGACCUGGUGAAGGUGCGACUCCAAAACCAGACGAGAAUGGACCAGUAUCGAGGCCCAGUGCACUGCCUGUCAGUCAUUUUCAGACAGGACGGGUUUAGGGGUCUGUUUCGAGGAAUGUGGGCACUUGCGUUGCGAGACAUCCCCUGUUAUGGACUCUACUUUCUGCCAUAUGAGGUCACAUGCAGGAUGUUGACAGAAAAAGGCAAAGAGCCUGGUUCGUUUGCUGUGUUAAUGGCAGGAGGCAUUGCGGGCGUGGUGACGUGGGCUUUUGCUACACCCAUGGAUGUGGUUAAAACUCGCCUUCAGAUGUCAGGAGGAGGGGGUCGAGUGUACAGAGGGACUCUACACUGCGUGACGGUCAGCCUGAGAGAGGAAGGCAUUCGGGUUUUCUUCAAAGGUUUGCUCUUAAACAGCCUCAGAGCUUUCCCAGUGAACGCUGCCACUUUCCUCAGCUACGAGAGCCUCAUCAGAACGUUUACACGAUAAACUACACGCUCUGCACCAGACUGAUGACAUCCAGCAGCAAAUGAGAUCCUGCAGUAUCUCUGGCCCACGUGUUCCAGAAGCGCGGUAAUAGAACACAAAGGCAUUCUGA